GAUCUCGCAAUGGCAGAAUCGAGUAUGCAUCCACUAUAAAGAGAGGAUAUCCGUGGAGUUCCAGUUUUCUCCCAAGCCAGGUUGAAAGCACAAUUUAACUCGAGUCGAUUGCAUCACUUCCUGAUAUCACAUGGCGACGCAUACCGCAAUCGCAGCUACGUCCAAGGGUGUCCUCGAAGCUAUCCAGGUUAAGACGGAGAAGCCUGGUCGGGGGGAGGUACUUGUCAAAGUUGCAUACAGUUCUAUGAUUGCCUUCGACACCUAUAUAACGGACCUAGGCUAUCAUGUUAAGGAGUAUCCAGCUGUACUAGGCUUCAAUGCCUCUGGUACGGUUGCUGAAGUUGGGCUUGGCGUUGAUGACCUCGCAGUGGGUGAUCGAGUCACUGCCUUUGCAUACCAGUCGUCUAAGGCGAGGGGAAUGCAGCAGUACGCCAUACUAUCCAGGACUGUUUGUGCCAAAAUCCCAGAUGACGCCGAAAUAGCGCUCGAUGCUGCUGUUACUAUUCCAGACAACUUUAUCACGGCUUUCUUUACUCUUUUUGACAAUCUCGAGCUUCCCCUUCCCGUAUCCUUCCCUUCAGACUUGGCCCCACCGCAUGCAGAUACACCCAUACUUGUUUACGGUGCAGGUGCAACUUCAGGACAGUAUGCUAUCCAGCUUCUCAAACUGGCGGGAUAUAAAAAUAUUGUUGCUACUGCGUCAGCGAGACAUCACGACAACCUCCGCUCGUUGGGUGCUACCCAUGUAUUCGAUUACUCUGAUCCGAAUCUAGCAGCUGGUAUUUUGAGUGCUGUUGGGGGUAGCAUUCAGUUGGCGGUGGAUUGUGUUACUGCAGAAGGGACACUCGCCAUUAUCUCUCAAGUAUUGAGUCCCAAUGGUACCAUUGCCAUCUUAUUACCUGUGAAGGAAGGCAAUGCCGUGAGGGGAGCUCACGAUGCGCAAAUGUACAUGGAGAUGCCACCUCACAAGAAUCCUUUCGAGUCAACUGUGCGUAUUUUGGGUGUUCAGACUUUCAAAUAUCAAAAGAACGAACACCUGAGAGAUAAUCUGAUGCAGAAAAUACUACCUUCUUUGCUAUCUAUGAAAGCCAUCAAACCGAACAGAGUACGCCUGUUGGACCAAGGGGAUUUGAAGGAACGUGUGGAAAUUGGACUGGACCUUCUCCGGAACAACAAAGUGAGCGGAGAGAAGGUGGUGGUCAAGAUAGAUGAUGAAGCUUGACUGUAUUAUCAUCAUGAUUUAAAGCUACGAUAGAAACUCGAUAAUUUGUAACCUCCUACUUUUGUAUCUAAUCUGCUCUGCGGACCAAGGCUUGCUGCAGACAUUAUUAUUUGUUUUU